AAAAAAAAGCUGUCUGAUCAACAAACAUGUAACACAAGCCAAGCCAAUGGUAGCAAAAUCAGAACUGGUGAUCUCGGCUGAGAGCUGAGAACAGAUCUGUCAGUGUUACAGGUGGCGGAAGAUAUGAAUUUACGCAAGAGCAGAUAACGGAUUUUUUUCAGCGACUUGUAAAGUAAAAAAUCAACUGAACAAUUUCCCGGGAUGGAAAAUACACCAGCCGAAGAAUAAAUUCGGGUGAACGAAGAUAAAGCAACAUACUACAGGACGCCGUAACUCAAAAGUUGUGCCCCUGAAGGAAUCGAAGGGACAGGACGACUUCAGUCCAAAGAGAAAACCGCAUCAUGACGAGCUGUUUGAUAACAGAAAAGUAACCAAAGCUAUGAAGAAAUUCAGCGAAGGCAUAUCCGAAAAAGGGCAAACUGAAAGAAAGAAGGGGCGAAAAAGAAGCUGAUGAUCUAAAUCUCGACGCUCCUCAGCCAUUAACGGAUAAGUAAGUGAACUGACUAAAUAUCGAGUCUAGCAUAAAAGCUGAGAAUUCCAAAGACAGUACUGAGGAUCGGCACCUUUCGGUACGGCUGUGGAGAAAAGUUUCAGAAAUUAACGAAAAAAAUACAGCCAUGGCUUCGGAAGAGACCACCGGUUUGGCAAAAUCUGCUGCUUUGAAACUAUCGGAGAUGGGCGAAAGAACUAAACAACUAGGUACUGCUAUGCAGGAUCCUAAUCGUCAGAGACGACUUAUUUUGGUGAUUGUCUGUGUGGCCCUUUUACUUGACAAUAUGCUAUACAUGGUUAUUGUGCCGAUUAUACCAGACUACCUUAAAAUUAUAAACAACGACACCUCUUCCAGCACUUCCAAGAACAGUACCAGCAAACACUCGGGGGAAAACAACGACUUGAAGAUAGGGAUACUCUUUGCCUCGAAAGCCAUUCUGCAGUUACUCGUGAACCCUCUAAGUGGCACAUUCAUAGACAGGGUUGGAUAUGAUAUACCGCUUUUUAUAGGACUUAUUGUCAUGUUUUUUUCUACUUGCAUAUUCGCUUUUGCGCAAAAUUACCUGACUUUAUUUAUUGCAAGGAGCCUCCAAGGACUGGGGUCCGCUUUCGCAGACACAUCCGGUAUUGCUAUGAUAGCUGAUAAAUACACCGAAGAAUCAGAAAGAAGCCGAGCAUUGGGUAUUGCUUUAGCAUUCAUCUCUUUUGGAAGCUUAGUGGCGCCCCCUUUUGGUGGGUUUCUGUAUCAAUUUGUGGGUACGUUUAUGCCAUUCAUGGUGCUCGCCGGGAUCUCUCUGAUAGAUGGCAUUUUGCUAAUGAGCGUCAUGAAACCAUUCACGAACAGGACUAGAGAAAACAUGCCGGUGGGGACUCCAAUUUACAAAUUAAUGAUUGAUCCUUACAUUGCAGUCGUGGCGGGGGCACUAACUACAUGCAACAUUCCCCUGGCCUUCCUAGAGCCCACUAUAGCCAAUUGGAUGGAAACGAAAAUGGGGACCACAAACUUUCAAAUGGGGCUAAUCUGGCUCCCAGCAUUUUUCCCCCAUGUUCUGGGUGUUUAUAUAACUGUUAAACUAGCGGCAUCACACCCUAACUACCAAUGGUUUUACGGUGCGCUGGGCAUGGUUAUCAUUGGAGCCAGCUCAUGCACAGUGCCAGCCUGUAGGACUUUUGGACAAUUAAUAGCACCUUUGUGUGGCAUCUGCUUUGGUAUAGCGCUAGUAGACACUGCCCUUUUACCAACCCUUGCCUUUUUAGUUGAUGUGCGCCAUGUAUCUGUAUAUGGCAGUGUCUAUGCUAUAGCAGACAUAUCAUACUGUGUUGCCUAUGCCCUUGGUCCAAUAGUAGCCGGGCAAAUUGUUCAUGAUUUGGGUUUUGUCUCACUGAAUCUGGGUAUGGGUCUUGCCAAUGUACUUUAUGCACCCGCUCUUCUUUUACUUAGAAACGUGUGCCAAAUGAAGCCAUCUCAUUCAGAAAGAAAUGUCCUUUUGGACGAGGGACCUAAAGGUCUUUAUGAUACCAUCAAGAUGGAAGAGCGUAACGCAAAGAAAAAGGGGACUGGAACUUCUUCCAGAAACCACAUGCCUGGCGACGAGAAUGGCAUUGAUGCUUAUAAUCAGCAUCAGACAAGUGGAUUCUUUUCAGAAGAGGACUCCUCCGGCAACGAAUACAACUAAUCUGGACUGAAUAACAUCUACUAAUAGCUGGGAAUGUACUGUCCAUAUGUACAGUAUCAGCGUGCAAUACCAUCGUCACCUAAUCUUGACAUGACGUGAAAAUUGUUUCCAACAUUUUUUUAUUUUGAUGUUAAACGUUACCACGUCAUAAGGCAAUGCAGAUAAUUUCGUUCAAUCACAUUUAAUCAAAUCUUGUAGUGACGGUCAUGUAGAUGUUUCACUGGAGUAUUGUGCAAAAUUUACUAACGUUAAAGGUGUACGUACAUAUUAUAAUGUAUAUCAUUGUAAAAAGAACAAUAUGAAAAUGUAUUCCAACUAUUUUUGGCUUAUUAAUAACGUAUAAUGAAAGGAAUAAUAAAUAUUGUAAAUAUCUAUAGUGCCAUUUGUACAUUGAAACGACCUUUUGUCUGUUCUAGGGAUAAUAUACGAUUUGUAAUCGUCAUGCCAAUAGAUUUCAUUGAAAAAUGCAAUAUAAGCUUGAUGAGAAGCGUUAAGAGUCAUAUAACAGACAGAAGAUCGAACGUGAGUGCCAGCAUGCUCAUAUCCUCUAGUUAAUAUUAUAGAGACAACGCAUAAACUGGGCAAAGGUGAUUAUCAAAUAUCCAAAAGACGUACCUUUAAGGUUUACUAUUGAUCUGUAUGUAUACGGAAAUAUCCUGUAUUCUGAGUUUUAGCAUCAAUAUCUGAACAAUAAUUAAACAGUUAUCAGAAAUGAAAUUCUGCGUCGAUUUUAUUUGCAUAUGACAUUUACAGCAAUAAAACCUAUUUUAUCAAAGUCGUUUCUGAUAUCCAUCAAAACUGUAUAAGUAACUUGCUGUAUUAUUCCUUAUAACGCAGAAAAAGUUGUUUUGUUUGAAUCGUACUGGAAAGGGCAUGAUUUAUCAGUAUGUCUAAAAUUAGAUUUCUUCCAAUAUGAUUAUACAAAAUAAAAACACAAUGUUGUUGAAUAAACGCAUUCAAGCUGAUGAACAAGCAUGGCCCCACUGCAUAAGUCUAAAGUGGGAUAUUCUCUGUCUGAAACUGAAUGACAUAUCAUAUCUAAGGGUUUAUAGAGUCGAUUAUUAUUUUAAAUAACAAAACAGUCUAACAUCCUUACAACCUUUAGUCCAAUUCAGCGUCGGCGGGGGUUGGAGCCCAGCCUGGCAGCUUGCGCUAAACAAAAUAUACUGUAAGUGUCUGUAUGUUAAAAACUUAGUACCAAAUUAUAGCAAUGCUGAAUCACUCACACAGUUUUCCAUUCCGGAAACGUACUUCUAAACAUGAAACAUUAUAUGAAUUUAUAUAGUAAUAAACAAUCUGUAUUUUAGCUGCCUAAAAUGAUACCAAAUUAUUAUUAAAUGUAACAUAUAAAUAAAGAUACGAUUUAAUUAUUUAUUUUUAUAGCACUCCUCUCUGGGAAGUGAAUAAAGUCCGGGUAGCAAUAUCCAUGACUUUUCACAAAGUUUUAGAAAACGAAAAUAAAGGACUUACAGUAUGUUGCAUGCGAAUUGCGAGGGUAUAACUCUCAGAGACACUUUCAGUGGCGUCUCAUUUAAGGUUUCAUUCGUAUAGUCAAUAUUCUGAAUUACCUUUAAAUAUCCUGAGGGAAUUAUGUACUCUAUUUAUUUUCAUUUAUUCUGCAAAGAGAUACUUUUGAGGGAGCGACCGCCAGGAUUCUACACAUUAAUCCCCUGGGAAAAUUGUGUAAGGUUGUUACUGGCGCCAUUCAUUGGCAUUCUCUGCAAAAAAAAGUGGACUGUUUACAAAGAUUCGGUGCCAACCGUAAGCAUCUAACUGAUAAAAAGAACAUUUAAAGGUUGCAUGUGAUGUGAGGAGCCUCAGAUAACUUUUUAUUGUAUAGAAAUAUUUCCAGUUUUUGUUAUUAUAUUUAUUCUCAUGAAAUUAUAACUGUUAUUCCCGUGAUUAACGUUGCUCAAUAAAUAACACAUAUGAUGGCAAUUA